AUGUGGCUGCAGGAUCUCCAGGCUCUCAUCCCGCCAGAUCAGGAUCACCGCAGGUUCCUGCGGUUCUGUUACGCGCACCGGCAUUACCAGUAUCGGGCUCUUCCCUUCGGCCUCUCUUCGGCUCCGAGGGUCUUCACAAAGAUCUUGGCCAUGCUGGCAGCUCAUCUAAGGAUGAGGCCCGUGCGUGUACAGUGCUACCUGGACGAUAUACUCAUGCAGUCCAGAUCUUUCCAUUCAGCCCAGUCGGACCUGGAUAUCACAAUCCAUACUCUUCAGGUUCACGGGUUCUCCGUGGCCUUCUUAGUGGCCAUUACGUCGGCCAGGAGAAUUUCGGAAUUAGCCGCUCUAUCAGUCAGGAACGAUCUCUGCACAUUCCAUGAGGACAGGGUGGUCCUCAGCUGUUCCAACACAAACUGGGUCCAUCUCUGGUACAUCUGGCUUGUGGUUGCCAUUGGUGGGCUCCUCCUUCUCUGUGCCAUUGUUUCUGUUUGUGUGAGAUGCUACUGCCUUAAUUGCCAUCCAGGAGAAGAUUCUAGUCCUCAGCCGUAUGAGGUUACAGUUAUAGCUUUUGAUCAUGACAGCACCCUUCAAAGCACCAUCACCUCCCUCCAUUCCAUGUUUAGCCCAGCUGCUAGGCGAAUACUAGCAGUAGCUCAUUCCCACAAUGGAGUGCCAGCAGUGCAUCAUCCUGCUCGAACAGAGACUCCCCCAAUUUAUGAGGAAGCCAUACAUAUGAAUAGAUUCACAGUGGCUCAAAGUGGAGAAAGAGAUUUGGAGCUAAUGCCAGAGGAGAAAUAGGUACUGAGAAAGAAGUCCAGGAAGCACAUUCCACAGGCUCAGGAGCUUAUCAACAAGUCUUCCAAAGAAUUAAUACCUUCAUAUACAGCUACUUCAAUUGCUCCCGUUUUACCAGAACCUUAUAUUGUAUUGACCAAAUCCU